AUGUGCAAAAUGAGUGAAUCUCGAGAACUCGAGCUUCCCGAAUUUAAUGACGGCGGUGGAGAUGGAGAUGGCGGCGAGAUCAAAUUCGACGAAAUCAGCAAUGAAGCAACGACGACUAGAGAAUCCAGAAAUACAUCGUUUUGCUGUUUCUUUCUUAGAGUGCCUUUGAAUGAGGUGAUCGAAGAGCUAUUUUCGUUGGGUAGGAUCGCAUGCCCUGUGGCCCUAACAACCCUUUUAUACUUUUCUAAAACCAUAAUCUCGAUGCUCUUCCUCGGCCACAUGGAGAAGAUUGAGCUGGCUGGCGGGUCCCUGGCAGUGGGCUUCGCCAACAUCACAGGCUUCUCUGUGAUGAAGGGUCUAUGCACCGGCAUGGACCCCAUUUGCUGCCAGGCCUUUGGGGCCCGGCGCUGGCCUGUCCUCACCCAGACCUACCUUAAAACAGUGGUCCUCCUCCUUAUAGCCACCAUCCCCAUGUCCCUCCUCUGGCUCAACGUGGACACCGUCUUCCAUCGCCUUGGCCAAGACCGCGCCAUCACAAAGAUCGCCAAGAAUUACCUCCUCUUCUCCCUCCCAGAGCUCGUCACCCACGCGAACCUCAUCCCACUCAGGACUUUCCUCAGGACCCAGGGCCUGAACUCUCCCAUCACUCUCAUUGCCACCUGUGUUUCCGCAAUCCAUCUCCCGGUCACUUAUUUCCUUGUCACCUAUCUCAACCUGAGAGUGAAGGGGAUCGCCCUCGCCUCGUUCGUUUACUCCCUCAACAUGAACAUUGGCCUUUGCCUCUACCUUUUCUUCUCAAAGGCCGCCAUAAAGCCUUGGAGGGGGGCCACUCUGGCCUCCCUCUUCCACGGCUGGUGGCCUCUCCUCAGCCUGGCACUUCCCAGCGUGUGUCAGGUCUGUUUGGAAUGGUGGUGGUACGAGAUUAUCUUAUUCCUGAGCGGACUGAUGGACAAUCCAGAGUCCUGCGUGGCCGCGAUGGGGAUUUUGAUACAAACAACGGGGACGGUCUACGUGAUUCCGUUCUCGCUGAGCCUGAGCAUCUCCCAGCGCGUGGGGCACGAGCUUGGGGCCGCGCAGCCGGCGCGUGCGCAGCUGGCGGCGAUGAUCGGGAUCGCGAUGGCGGGGGUGUACGGGGUGUCGGCGUUCGGGGCGAGCGUGGCGUUGAGGAGGCGGUGGGGGAGGCUGUACACGGCUGAGCCGGAGGUGCAGGAGAUGAUAGCGGCGGUGCUGCCGAUACUGGGGCUGGCGGAGGUGGGGAACGCGCCGCAGACGGCGGCGUGUGGGGCGCUGACGGGGUCGGCGAGGCCGAAGGUGGGGGUGUGGAUAAACAUAGCGGCGUUCUACCUGGUGGGGCUGCCGUGCUCGGCUGUGCUGGCGUUCGAGAUGAGGAAGGGGUUUCGGGGGCUCUGGAUGGGGUUGGUGGCGGCGCAGGGGGCCUGUAUGGCGCUCAUGCUUUACAAUGUCGCGUGGACGGACUGGAAGCAUGAGACCAAGAGGGCGGAGGAGCUUACUAUGGCCGCGGUGGAGGAUUCCACCGCGGCCAAUUUAGUCGACGGAGGAGGAGGAGGCGCGUGA